AUGAAAUACAUCGACCCUGAUCCUGAGUACAAAAUGCAUCCAUUCAUUAAAAAUCUUCCUCGUCCAGUCAGGAAAUUCGUAUUGAAGUAUUGCAACUCGACUACUUUGCUAAUUUUAGGCGUAAUUGUUUUUUUAAUUAUAAUUCCAGUCUUAACACAGAGACAUAUCAGCGAGUUACCAUAUGGAAUUAACAAUGUUAGCAAAAUAGAUCCAAGAUAUUCAACAAUUUUGAAAUAUAAGCACUCAAAUUUACUUAGUCCGCUUUCAAUUUACUUCAGGAAGUCAAUUUUAGAUUCAUUUACACCGUACGUACAAAAUUCAGACGAUAAAUGCAUAAAUAGAACGAAUUACGCUUUCGAACAAUCUCGUCUUCUCGGAAUAAAUCCUUAUGAAAAAAAUUUAUCAGAUAAUUACUUCCUUAUCAUUGGAAGCAACACAGAAAUCGGAUCAUCUCUCGAACAUUACGCAAAGAACGAGCACAUUCCAACAAUUGGAAUUGGCUGCCAAAAUUUCUUAGAUUUUUCAUCAUCAUAUGCUACCAGAAUACUUAAAACAGUUAGGAUAACAAGAGGAGUUGUUAGUUGUCCUGUAGAUCAAAUAAUGCACAAUGAUGAUCAAUAUAUCCAAGGAAUUUCAAGAUAUUUCAAAUCAAACAAUAUUCCAUUUACUUUUAUUUUCGAAAAGAUACCAAAUGACUCAAUUUCAAAGAUAAUUAAUGACUUUGGAGGUCAAAUUAUCAAACAACCAAAUUUACUCAGUAACAAGAACUUGGCUUCACAGGCAUAUCAUGACUGUCUUAAAUCUCAUCAUUCCGAAGUUACUUUACCAUUAGAAGAUGAGUUUUUGUGGAAUAUUCAUGAUUUUCAAUUUUGUAAGUUUGUGAUGGAACAACUUGAUUCUAAAUCAAACCGUGAUCCAUAUAUUAUUGUUGAAGGCUCAAAAAAGCUUAAUUUAAAGAAAGCAAUAAAAGAUUUUGCAAAUCCAAACGGAAAAUGUUCAAUUUCUUUCUAUUAUGGUAAAGAAAAAGACUAUCAGACAUUCCUAUCGUACAAAGUACACAAAAUUGAUGGUCAACCAAACGCAUUUAACAAUUUCGCCAAAAACAUGGACAACGAAGUUGUUAAACGUCCUCCUUAUAUAUCCUUUGUUAUUGCUUUCCAGAAUGAGACCUCUAGAACUCAAAAACUCCUCAAUUCAAUUGCAAAUAACGUUAAUGAGUUCAAGAUUAACGAUUUCGAGGUCAUAUUAGUCGGAAAUGACAAGUUUGAGUACCUUCCUCUCGAAUUGCAAGGCCAUACAACUCAAAUCAAGUAUAAUAUUCCGAUGAAUCUGAUAGAAGCUAAAAAUGUUGGACUUUUCCGUGCAUCAGGAGAGUUUAUUGCUGUUGUAGAUGCAAAUGUCCUCCUUAGAGACAUUUUCUUCCAAGCAAUUAAAAUGCGAGAUUUUAAUCCAUAUGUUUUGUACAAAUCUGUUGUUACAACAGACCUCAAAGAGUACAAAUUCAAGUUCAUGAGGAAUAUCGCACAGUAUUCUCUCGAAAAAUACGGAGAUGGAUUCUUCAUGGCUUCAAAAUUAUUCUGGGAAUCUGUUGGAGGAUUUCCUGAAUUUGAAAAUUACGACACAGACAACUUUUUAAUUUCCAAGGCAAUGAAACUUAUUCCUGGAUAUGGUUUGUACAACGUUGACAAGUUUGUGUCAAUACAAGACAGUUAUCUCCGAAAGAUGAAGUUUGUUGACGAUUCUGACUCUUUCGUGAGAGAUUUGUUCUGCUGGGGAGAAAGUAAGAAACUCUCUAAGAAGUAUGACUUAUUUACUUGGGGACAUCAAUCCUACAAAUUUGAUGAAUUAAUUUUGUAA